AUAGGCAUUGAAUCGAAGAGAUUAUUACACCGAUAGAGCGAAUACUGUGUAAACCGGCAUAAAGUGUCCCAAUAUAUUGAAAUAUUAUAUCAAUACUUAUAAAUUGAACCAACAAUUGAAACAAUGGUUGAAUCGAUAAUAUACUCGAAGAAUAAUAAGCUGAAGAUCUUAAACCAAGUGAAACUUCCGCUGACCGUCGAGUUUGAGGACAUUAAUAACGUGACGGACGCCUGGAAUGCGAUUCACUCCAUGAAAGUUCGCGGUGCGCCGGCCAUCGCUAUUCUGGCCGUACUUAGCAUUGCUGUCGAACUCAAUGACCAGCAGAUAAUAGCCGAAGUGAAUGGUGACAAAGACAAACUGCUGGAUCGACUCCGACAAAAGUGUCAAUAUCUUUGUACUUCGCGUCCGACUGCUGUUAAUAUUGACAAAGAAUGUAAACAUUUGGUCGAAGUGUCGGCCAAAUUGGCCGCCGAUUCAAGCGUUUCAUUUGAUUCAAUGAUCAAACAAUUGACUGAAUAUUCCGUUAAUUUACUUCAAAUCGAUAUCAAUGUUAACAAAUCGAUCGGAGAUUUUGGCGCACAAUAUAUCAAAUCUCUAACGAAGAAAGACGUGAACAAUAUUCUCACUCAUUGUAAUACUGGAAGUUUGGCCACAGAAACGCGUCCAUACAAUCAGGGCUCGAGACUGACGGCUUGGGAACUGCUUCGGGAUAACAUUCCAUCCACUCUAAUAUGUGACAGUAUGGUCGCCGCUCUCUUCAAGGAUAAGACAAUUGAUGCCGUUGUGGUCGGAGCCGAUCGAGUGGUGGCCAACGGUGAUACCGCCAAUAAGAUCGGCACCUAUCAGAUCGCAGUAUUAGCCAAAUACCAUUCCGUGCCUUUCUUCGUGGCCUCACCUCAAAGUACUAUUGAUAUGACGCGCAAAACUGGAGACGAUAUCCCUAUUGAGGAGAGACCGGGAGAUGAAAUGAAAAAAGUGGCCGGAAUUCAGAUCACAGCUCCGGAGAUCAAUUGCUGGAACCCAUCAUUCGAUGUGACGCCAAACGAGUUGAUAACAGGGAUAAUAACCGAAUUCGGAGUCUUCGCCCCAAACGAACUCCAAAGUAAAUUUGGUCAUUGAUUUUGAUGUGAAAAUUGUAUACAGAAUUUUGUAGUUUCGAAAAUAUUUUAAUAAAAUUUGAAUCGAAAUUUGAAGCAA